AUGACUCUUCCUAAACCCCAAACACCCGCUGCGCACAACAUCGUGCAGCGCAACUGGCGCGCCGCGCGCAUCGGCGGCCGGCGCGCCCGUGCGGCGGCGUCCAUCCAGGCGGGCUGGAGGGGCCACCGCGCCAGGCGGACGGCGGACGCCAUGCGCAGGGAGGCGGCGCGCCGCGCGCGCGCCGCGACGGCCGCCCAGGCCAUCCGGCGCGGCGCCGCCGCGCGCCGCGACUUCGCGCGUGCCCGCGCAGCCGCGCUGUGCGUGCAGUCACUCGCACGCGGGGCGCUGGCGGCGCGGGACCUCCGGGCGCGGCGGGAGGCAGAGGCGGCGCGGCGGCGGGCGGCGGCGGCGCUGGCCAUACAGAGCGCCUGGAGGGGCCACCAGCAGAGGGAGAGGUUCCUCGCCGACCGCGGCGCCAUCAUCCGCGCCCAGGCCCUCGCGCGCGCCGCCCUCGCGCGCCGCGCCCUUGCCGCGCGCCACGCCGCCGCGGCGCGCAUCCAGGCGGCGUGGCGGGGCCACGCGGUGCGGCAGGUGCUGCGUGCCAGCGCGGGCUUCGCAACCUGGCUGCAGGCCUGCUACAGAUGCAGCCGCCUGCGCGUCCGCUUCCUGCGGCUGCGCGCCGCCGCGGUCACGGCGCAGUCCGCGCGCCGCGGCGCGGUCGAGCGGCGCGCGCACCUCAAGAGGCGCGCGGCGGCGGUGGCGCUGCAGGCGGGGUGGCGCGGGUGCGCGGCGCGGCGGUCCUUUGGGAGGGUGCGCGGCGCGGCCGUCGCCAUCCAGGCGGGCUGGCGGCGCCACGCGGCCCAGGUGCAGCUGCAGGAGGCGCGUGCCGCGGCGGUUGCGCUGCAGGCCGGGUGGCGCAUGUUUGCCGCGUCGAGGGCACUGUCGGAGCAGCGGCAAGCGGCGCUCAGGCUGCAGGGCGCGUGGCGGUGCAGGGACGCGGCGCAGCAGCUGGCGCGGCACAGGGCGGCGGCCAGGGUGCAGGCGCAGUGGCGUGGGCACCAGGCGCGCGCAGCGCUCGUGGAAGCGCGCGGGGCUGCGACCUGCAUUCAGGCCGGCUGGCGGCGGCGCGCGCAGCGCAGCAGCUACAACAAUUCGCGGCAGGCGGCGGUGGCGCUGCAGGCCGCCGCGCGGGGCAAACAGGCACGCGUGUGGCUGCAGCAGCGGCAGGCGGCGGCCGCGGCGCUGCAGCGCGCAUGGCGCUGCCGCGAGGCUCAGCGCCUGUUCGCGCGCCACCGGGCGGCGGCGCUUAUACAGGCACACGCCAGGGGCGUCUCGUUGCGGCGGCGCCUGGCGAUGCUGGCGGCAACUGCGACGCGGCUGCAGGCGGCGUGGCGCGGGCACGCAGUGCGGCGCGAGUACCAGCAGCAGCGGUCCGCCGUGGUGGCGCUGCAGGCUCACGCGCGCGGCUGGCUCGUGCGGCGGGCGGUGGCGCGCCAGUCCGCCGCGGCCACCGCCAUCCAGGCAGGCUGGCGGCGCCAUGCAGCGCAGCAGCAGCUGGCCAAGGCGCACCACGCGGUUGUCGCGCUGCAGGCGGCGUGGCGGAUGUUCUCGGCCUCCCAGGCUCUGGCGCGGCAGCGACGGGCGGCGCACACGCUGCAGUGCGCCUGGCGCUGCCGCCAGGCCACCCGGAUGCUGCAGCGGCACCAGGCGGCGGCAGCAGUGCAGGCGCACUGGCGCGGGUACGUCGCGCGGCGCGCGUUUGCGUCGGCACGUGCGGCCGCCACCGCCAUCCAGGCGGGCUGGCGGCGGCACGCGGCGGAGGCGCACCUGCGGCAGGCGCGGACCGCGGCGGUGGCGCUGCAGGCCGGGUGGCGCAUGUUUGCUACGUCAAGGGCGCUGGCGGAGCAGCGCCGCGCGGCGCUCACGCUGCAGCGCGCUUGGCGCUGCCAGGCAGCCUCCAUGACGUUCGCGCAGCACAAGGCGGCAGCGGCAAUACAGGCUGUCUGGCGCGGCCGCGUCGCACGGGUGCAGCUGCAGCAGCAGCGCGCCGCCGCGACCAACAUUCAGGCCUGCUGGCGGCGGCACGUGGCGCUAGGCCAUUACUUCGGUCUGCAGCGCGCCGCGGUUGCGCUACAGGCGGCCGUGCGCGGCAAGCGGGCGCGUGCGGAACACCAGCAACAGCUGGCGUCGGCGGCGGCGCUGCAGCGCGCGUGGCGCUGCCGCGAGGCGCGGCGCCUGUUGGAGCGCCACCAGGCGGCGGCGCGCAUCCAGGCGCACGCAAGGGGGUGGUCCGUGCGGCGGCGGCUGACGAUGCUGGCCGCAACGGCGACGCGGCUGCAGGCGGCGUGGCGCGGGUACGCCGCGCGGCGCGAGUACCGGCAGCAGUGGGCGGCGGCGGUGGCGCUGCAGGCGCACACGCGCGGCUGGCUCGUGCGGCGGGCGGUCGCGCGCCAGGCGGCGGCGGCGGUUGUUCUGCAGGCGGCAGCGAGGGGCCGCAGGCAGCGGGCCCUGCUUGCGCAGCAGAGGGCGGCGGCCACCCGCAUCCAGGCGGCGUGGCGGGGCCACGAGGCGCGCGGUGCCUACCAGCGGCAGCGCGGCGCGGCGGUGCAAAUCCAGGCGUGCGCCCGCAUGCUGCCUGUCCGCGCCCGGUUGGUGCAGCUGCGGGCGGCGGCGGUCGUUCUGCAGGCGGCGGCGCGCGGCCGCCAGGCGCGCGUGCUCGCGGAGCGUGCGCGCGCGGCGGUGGAGCUGCAGCGGCGAUGGCGCGGCGCGGCGGCGCGGCUGGGGCUGGCGCGGGAGCGGCAGGCGGCGCUGGUGCUGCAGUGCGCGGGGCGCGGGCUGCUGGCGAGGCGCAACGCGCAGGCCGUGCGGGACUAUCUGCGCAGCGCCAGCGAGUUUCAGGCCAUGCUCAUGGAGCUCCACAACCGCACAACAGCCGCCACCACGAUCCAGUCAGCGUGGCGCGCGCGCGUGGAGCGCCACGCGUUCGCGCCGGCCUGGGACUCGCACCAGCGCGCCAAGCGCGAGGCCGCGGCCGCGGCGGCGAUCCAGCUGGCCUGGCGGGCGCGGCGCUUCCGGUCGAUGGUGGCCGCCCGCGUCGCUGCGCGCGCCACGAUCUCGCGCCACGUCCCCGCCCUCCGCGCCCGCCUCGCGCUGCUGCGCGCGCGCCGCGCGGCGGUAGCACUGCAGCACGCGUGGCGGCAGCAGGCCCUCCGUCACGCGCGCGCGGCGCUCGCGCUGCAGUGCGCCGCGCGCGGCUGGCUCGCGCGCCGCGCGGCUCGGCGCGUCGUCGGCGCGGCCGUCCGCAUCCAGGCGGCGUGGCGCGGCCACCGCGUGCGGCGCGGCGCGGGGCGCAGCGGGCGGGAGGCUCGGAGGCGGCUGGAGGCCGCGGCGGCGGCGGCGGAGGGGGCGCCGCACAGGCGCAUCGGCGCGCGCGCGAGGGAGGCGCUCAAGGUCCUGCUGGCCAGCAAGUCGUGCGCGCAGGUCAUCACCGCCGUGGCGGCCAUGGAGUUCAGCACCCGCUACAGCAAAGAGUGCUGCACCCUCAUCGCCGAGAGCGGCGGCGUCGCCGCGCUGCUGCAGUUCAUGCGCGGCUGCAACCGGUCAAAGCCGCACGCGGAGAUGCUGCGGCUGGCGCUGGCGGUGCUGCACAACUGUGCGCGGUGGCGGGAGCUGGCGCCGCCGGUGCUGGCGGCGCCGGAGUGCGUGGCGGUGCUGAGCGAGAGGAUGCAGAUGUUCAGGGACAUGGAGGACAUCUUCCUGCUGGUGGUGGGCCUGCUGGCUCGCCUGGCCUCCACCGACGCCGGCGCCCUCGCGGUCGCGGCCGACGCGGGGCCGGCGUUCCUGCGGCAGUGGGAGGGCGUGGCUGCCAUCAUAGCGCGCAAGCUGGACAUGGAGCGAAAGUACAUCGCGCGGCUCGAGGGCCAGAAGGGCAGCGACGCGUCCGCCCGCGAGGCGACCCGCAAGAUGGUCGCGGCCGCCAAGCAGCUCGAGGCGCUGCAGCAGCUGGUGCGGCGUGUGACGGACGCGGGGGAGCGCGGCGGCAUUACCAUGGUGCACCAGCAGCCCACAGCGGGCGGCGGCGGCGGCGGCGGCGGCGGCGGCGGCGGGGAGUUUGGAUUUGGAGAGCUGCCGCCGCUGGACGCUAUGGCGCACCCGGAGGCACACGCAGGCGGGGGCGGCGGCGGGGCCGGCCACGGCGGCGGGGGCGGCGGGGCGGCGUCGGCUUGGAAGCCGAAGAAUACAAUCGUGCGGGGCGUGUUCAGGGACAUGGGGGCAGCCGCGGCGGCGGCGGCGGCGGCAGCGGCGGCGCAGCAGCAGCAGCAGCAGGCGGCGGCGGGCGACAAGGCGGGGCAGCAGGACCAGCAGCCGCGCCGGCGGGUGUAA